UGUCAUGAAGUUUGAGUUUUGAACUUGGCAGUUUAGCAAUGUAGCUAAACUUUAAAUACACUAUAAGAUGUGGCUAGGUUUUAAAUACAAUCAUUUAAAAAGUGGCUACCUGAUGUCAUUUCUACCUAUCUAUUGUACCCUAACCCAACGCUCUGAAGCCCAAGUGCUCCCCCAUCAUCUCUGCCGGAAAAUUGAAGAAAUUUCAUCAUCUCCUCUUGUCGGAGCUCUCCCUCAUUUUGCUCAAAAUUGCAGUCACAUGUUCACGAAUACCCAAAGGCAAGAAGAACACAGUGGAAAAUAUGGAACUCCGAGGGUAGAAUACCUUCAGGAAUUGGUAACUCAAUUUAAGAAUGCAUCUUCUGAAGGUUUUGCUUUUUGUUAAUGUCGACCCUUCAUGUUUUCACAGUAUUCACUUAUCACAAGGAACUUCACAAUUUUUUUCCCCAGCUCACAAGUGAAACAUUCAGCAUUUGACAAAGACAAAGUGUCCAUGACGAAAAAUAAUUGGAGAAUAAAAAAAAAUCCCCACAAAAACUACUACGGGUAGGAAAUAUAAUUAGUUUAUGGGUAGAAAAAACAAAUGGGUAGACAAGGAUAAAUAGAAUUAUAUUUCCUAAACAAAUGGGUGAAUAUCUGUUAUUAUUGAAAGCUGUUGUUCAUGGUUCUGGGUUUCUAAAGUUGUUCUAUGUCGAAGCAUUGCCGAACUUCUGUUGUUGUAUUGCUAGGAUUGUUAGCUGAGCUACAUCCUUCACUGAUUCGCCUUUAUUUGGCCAUUUUGAUUCCAUUCGCGAAUACUAGGUACACACCUCUAAGUUUGUGAACAGCCAGAUUAUUAUCAUGUUUAGCAUCUCCAUAUUAAUGUUAAUCGUGUAUUUGUCUGGAGGGGUAAUCUCUGACAGUGAUUGUUAUUGUAGAAUUUUCAAAUAUGGUCGUUGAUGUAAUAAAUUAGCUCCUGAAAUGUGAGCUCUAUUUGGUUUCGAUUUGAUUUUAUCUUUCAAAAUAGUUGAGUCUCGCUAGUUUGC